GAAAACUUUGUUUGUAUCGUCGGGAUGGGGAUCGUGUUGGUGUGUAGCCUCGGGGUUACACUGUUAACUGGUAAUAAUGUAACAGCGCGUUUGUAACAAUGACUUUCUGAUGUGUAAUUAAACAGCAUUCAUUACUUUGACGAUGAGCUACGAGAUCACAUGUAAUGAAAGGCCUGUUGGGAUGAACUUGUAAUAAAAAUACAUGUUUGGACUCAGUGAGCAGAGAGCUCCGAGUCUUCUCAGCAAAGCUUUAUUAUUUACUUUUCGCUACUUCCUCUUUCUGUGCGUACGGCUCAAUCACGUAUUCGGUACACUCAGUGACGUUCAUCAGCCAGUUCGGACUUUACAGCAGUUUCGACAUCGUGGUACUGAACUGUACUGCCUGGGCUCUUUUGUUUACGCCGAGGGAGACAAGACACCUCUGCCCAGCGUCCUGAGACAAUCGGUCAGUCUCUGGACAACAAACUGGACGCCCAGCGUCCCCGACUGUACCGGGGAGACAGAACGAAGGACUCAGGCAAGAAAAGGGGAGGAGGUGUGUGCUUUAUGGUUAAGUCUUUGUGGGCUAUGGAUGUGUGUAUCUUAAAAACGCACUGCUCUCAGACACUCCAGCUGCUGACCUUCAGUUCAGUUCUCCUUCAGCUGUUUACAUCCCCCCACGUGGUGAUAAAGCUAUGGCUAUGGACGACCUGUAUGACGUCAUUAGAGGACUUGAUUACAAAAAUCCUGAAGCUGCCUUUAUUGUGUUGGAAGACUUUAACAGAGCCACCAUGAAGAAACUUCCCUACAGGAGGUGAUCAAACACUGGAUCACUCCAUUCAAGGAAUGCUACAAACCCCUCCCCCAUCUAGCUUUUGGCAAUGCAGAGCAUUGUCCCACACUGCUGCUGCCUGCAUACAGACAAAGGCUUAAACAGGACAAAACAGUUUCCAGGGUCAUUUACAAAUGGGACAGUGAGGCUGAGAGGGUCUUACAGGCCUGCUUUGAGACAACUGACUGGCAGAUAUUUGAGGAUGCAGCUGAUGGCAACAUCAGUAAAUUCACAGACUCUGUUAUAGGCUAUACUGGAAACAAGCAUGCAGCGUUCAGUCCACCGUGUCUCUUGCAGAUGAGCUCAACAACUUCUGCGCUCGUUUUGAUGCAGAAAACAUAAAGCAAGUCCUUUUUCCUCAGGCAGGCAGUGAGGCUGUAACCUUAAUACUUGAAAUAGAAGAUGUGAGAUGGUCUUUCAAAAAGGUCAACCCAAAACUUGCCUCGAAGCUCGUCGACCUUGGGCUGGGAACGUCUAUCCGCAGAUGGAUUCUGAACUGUGGGUGGUGAGAGUUGCUUUAUCAAAGAGGAAAAUCUUCAGCCUAAUCAUCAACUCCUGUCUCCUGGAUCCAGCUGCGACAAAGCUUUCAGGCUCCUAUGAACUUUUAUUUCCAGAUAACCAGCUGAUGACACUGCCUGACAUAUACUGAGCUGUCAGAGCUGCUCUCCACAUCAGCAGAGAGUGACACUGACAGUCUGGACGGUGUGUUUGAUCGACAUCAUCGGAUCAUGCAGAGACAAGGAAACAUCAAAGAACAAAAACAUUAUAAAGCGAGGCAUUUAAAGCUGAAUGAUUUGAAACAGGAAGCUCAAGAUACUCAUUUGUACAAGAAGUACCUCUGCAAAGACGACAUCCCUCCGUACCCCGGACCUGGAGAGGUUUCACUUGAGUUUCAUGUGUCUCGGCUGAAGCACGACACAUACAAAUUAGAAGAGAUCAAGAAUGACGGAGGCUUCAAGGAUCCAAACAGCGGCUCAAAGGAUCCAGACAGACUGUCCCUGGUGUGGUGGAGUCUGGCUGUGGCACCAGAGGAGAUCCAGUCAGCUGAGAGGAGGCUCCUGGAGGAGGCCUUCCCAAACUGGACCGAGGAGCAGGCCCGGCGGAAGCAGGGCUUCCUGGUGGACUUUGCCUCGUCUCCAGCCUUCAGUGAGAAGUCCAGGUAUGGAUCGUACCGCUUCACCUUCACUGUGGAGGAGGUGCUGGAGGCCUACAGCAAGCAGUUUUGCUCCGGCCGCCCGCCCGUCAUGCGUGUUCUCAGGACUUCCCUGUACAGACAGGAAGUGAUGUAUGCUGUGCUGGUCCACAGCUCAGACAGUGAUUGGCUCUUCGCUGAGUAUCCCAUCCUGCCCGACGCUCCGAACACUGUCUGUGCUUACAGGGACGGACGCUUCACCUGGAGGCCCGAGGCCAUGUGCGGGACACACAAAUAUGUGCUUUUACAAAGACGUGACAAAAACCUGAUGGAAGCUUGGGGACUGAUUCAGGAUCCACAGUAUUAUGUUUGGGACCACGUCGCCAUCGCCCUGCAUGUGGAGGGUGGGCAGGUGCUGAAGUUUGAUUCUGAUGAUCUGAGGAAGAACCUCACGUUCUGUGAGCCUGACGCUGUGACAGUCACACCUGAAUCUGACUUUCAACAUUACGAGGAUGCUCAAAACCUGGUCGCUCGUUUGUGGCCACUGAAGAAGGAAGUUUCACUCCAGCAGAGAAUCAGAGGUAAUAAAUCAAUAAUCAAUAACAGGCUGAGUUCCUGCUUCACCUCCUGACACAGCCGAUGAGCUGUGAGCUGUAAACGUCUCCUAAACUAACCUUCUUCAUCAGCAGGCUCUACAGGCUCUCUGCGGUGAGACGACGCCCUCAGUCUGAGCUCUGCACACUUUGAUCUUUUCUUUCAUUUUGAAUAAAUCAAACAUAGAGCUUCAUGUUGGUGUGGUUUAAACUCCUGACUGUGCACGUUUUUAAUAUUUUAUAUUGUUGUUGUCAUUUUUCAUCACCCUGAGGCUGUCUUUGAGGUUUCUCCACCUUUAUUCUCCUUUUUCUGAGCGACUGCAGCAUCACCGGCUGCACAGUGAACCAUGGUGGAGGUUACACAGAAGGAAGCAGCCGAGAGGAACGAACACAGAAAAACUGUUUGACGUGACUUUUUUAUUCGAUUAGUUUAUUAAAGGUUUAUUACAUGAAUUUCCAAAGUGCGCAGCAAAAGACCAAAGACAGAUAAAACACACAUGAUGAGUAUAAACAUGUGAUUAUGUGUUUCACUGCACUCUGUCCUGUCUGUGUGUGAUGUGUUCAUGUGACUGAAUCAAAGACUAAUUACUUUGUACACACAAAAAGUGGACAAUAAAGUUGUUUUGAAUAUUUUGGC